GUUUCUCGCCCUCACCGCGACGGUCCCCGCUCGACGCCCUCUCCUCCUCCCAACUUCCGUCCUUCGCGUCCCCGCACUCCGCGACGCGUACCCCGGCACCCACAACGCCCCAGCUCGCCCCACAUCGCUGCAAUGGAUCCCUACACGUUUGGUGGCAAGUACAGGCUCGAGGAGGAAAUCGCCAUCGGCGGGUGUGGCACCGUCUUCCAGGGCGUGCACACUGUGGCUGGCAAGGAAGUCGCCAUCAAGCUCGAGCCAGCCAUUGCAAAGUCGUCCCCGCUCAAGCAAGAGUCCAAGAUCUACAAGACCCUCAUGGGCGGCCCCGGCGUCCCUUGGAUCAACUGGUCUGGCCGCCAGGGUGACUACAACGUAAUGGUCAUCGACUUGCUCGGCCCCUCACUCGAAGAUCUCUUCCGCAUGUGCAACCGGCACUUUUCCCUCAAGACGAUCCUCAUGCUUGCUGACCAGCUUAUCACCCGGAUCGAAUACAUCCACUCGCGCGACUUUGUCCACCGCGACAUCAAGCCCGCCAACUUCGUCGUCCCCAAGGCCGACGACCCGCAUUGCGACGACUAUGUCGUGAACGUGAUCGACUUUGGCCUCGCGAAGAAAUUCCGCGACCCUCGUACAGGGUCCCAUAUCCCGUACCACCAGGACGACCACCACGGGGUGGGAACGUGCCUGUUCGCGGCGAUCAACACCCAUCUGGGCGUCGAAUGCUCGCGCCGCGACGACCUCGAGGGGCUCGCCUACAUGCUCAUCUACUUCCUCCGCGGGACGCUCCCCUGGCGGAAGAUCAAGGGCUCGUCCGUGUCCGACACGUGGGACCUCAUCCGCGACAAGAAGCUCGAGACGGAGUCCGUGCUCACCGUCGGGCUCGCGCCCGAGUUCGACAUCUUCUACAAGUACGUCCGCGCCCUCGAGUUCGAGGACCUGCCCGACUACGAGGGCCUCCGCGCGCUAUUCCGUGGGCUGGCCGAGCGCCAGGGCAUCGUCUACGACGGCGCCUUCGACUGGUGCGUGCCGCGCCCCGGCGAGGGCCGCGCGGGCACCAAGCGCAAGCGCGUGUGCCGCAGCUGCUCAGCAUGCGCGGCGGCCGAGGAGCGCACCGCCGCAGCGACGGCGACGAAAAAGGCGGCGGUGGUGCGCCAGCGGUGGGCAUAGGGAGGGGCGGGGCGCGUCGCGGGCGGUUGAGGCAUGUUGUACGUCUAGAACGAGGCUCAUGAGCCAUGUUUGGAUCCCGCGGCGCCGGCGGAGGGGGACAGGCGGAGGGAGGCGGCGGUGGCGGAGCGCCCGUGUAUAUGCUGAGGCCGCGCGAGGAGCGCGCGGCCGCGAUGACGGGAUGCGCCCCGUUCACCCCCCUUCUCUCUAUGAUCCUACGAGUGCCCGUGGAUGCUACCGCCGUUGAUGCGUUGAUGCAGAUGCGGGGUCGCACUCGCCCCCCCUCCUCAGACGGCCGGGGCCGGGGCGGGUCGCGGUGGCGACAGUGUAUAUAUUUCUCGGACCUGCCAUAGCCACGCCAUUGCGCGCGCCCCCAUCCCCCUUUCCGCCCGCGCGACCCCCACCCCACCACCACUACCCCCACCACCUCACUGUGGCCCUCUCGGAUCGUCUGUUGAUCGCCGCGGGGGAGGCGCCCCGUGCGCCGCUCGGGUCGAGCGAGCGAGCGGCUGCUGUUGUGCGAGUAAGUUACGCAUAUGUAUGUAUAUUUCCUGUACCCUAGCGGCGCCCGCCGUAUACGUACGUGCCACUGCCAUUAUCGCUGCCAUUGCCGGUUAACGUGACGUGCUGCGUUGCGUUGUCGUUUCCUCCGCUUCGACGAGUGCCCCCGUGGGGUUUUUAGCGUUUGCGUUACCGUCUGCCUUGUUUACGUUUCGAAAUUCGCGGCGGUGGCGGUUUACGUAUGCAGCACGAAAUUUGCGCUUCGCGGUUCGCGUUCUAUGGACCGUUCCUUCCCCGUCCCUGCGCACAGUACGUAGGCGUGGGCGAUUAUACGUACACAUAUGGUAUCAUCGACACCCCCACUGGAUAUAGCUAAACAGUAUGCCUCCCCCCUCUCCCACCUAGGCCUAUAGCUAAGUGCUUCGUAUAUAUGGUUUUA